AUGAGUGAAACCACUCAGACGGACGCCCACCCGCUCCUGAGGCCCGGCCGCCAGCGCCGGAGGGUCAUGUCGAAGGACGGGCACAGCAACGUGAGGAUUGACCAUGUCCAUCACUGGCGUUUCCUGUACCUGAAGGACCUGUGGACCACCUUCAUCGACCUCAAGUGGCGCUACAAGCUGGCGCUGUUCUCCGCCACCUUCGCCGGCACCUGGUUCCUGUUUGGCCUAGCCUGGUACCUGGUGGCCCUGCUGCAUGGUGACCUCCUGGUGCCCCUGCCACCCUCCGCCAACCACACCCUGUGCGUGGCCAACAUGCAGACCCUCACCGCUGCCUUCCUCUUCUCCCUCGAGUCGCAGACCACCAUAGGCUACGGGUACCGCUACAUCUCCGAGGAGUGCCCCCUGGCCAUUGUCCUGCUCAUCGGGCAGCUCAUCGUCACCAGCCUGCUGGAGGUCUUCGUCACCGGCACAUUCCUGGCCAAGAUCGCCCGGCCCAAGAAGCGAGCGGGCACCGUCCGCUUCAGCCAGAAUGCGGUGGUCUCCUCCCGGGAUGGAAAGCUGUGCCUUAUGAUUCGGGUGGCCAACAUGCGUACCAGCCUGCUGCUGGGGUGUCAAGUGGUGGGCAAGCUCCUGAGGGCCCAGUUGGCGGCCGAGGGCGAGAGUUUCCGCCUGCAGCAGGUCAACGUGGAGUUCCAUGUGGAUGCGGGCUCCGACAGCCCCUUCCUCAUCCUGCCCCUCACCUUCUACCACCUCAUUGACGAUGCCAGCCCCCUCAGGCGGGUGGCGCUGGCCCCAGGCAGGGACCAGGACUUCGAGCUGGUCGUCAUCCUGAGCGGUACCGUGGAGAGCACCAGCGCCCUCUGCCAGGUGCGCACCUCCUACCUGCCCGAUGAGAUCCUCUGGGGUUACGAGUUCUGCCCCGUCAUCUCCCUCUCCCCCGGAGGCAAGUACGUGGCCGAUUUCGCCACCUUCGACCGUGUCGCCAAGGUGCCCGGCCUGGAGACCCCUUGGCCUGGAGGCGGCGCCGACCCGGAGAAGGGCAGGCUGGAGGAGAGCCUGAAGGCCCCCCACUCUGGGAAAGCCGCCAGCCCCCGCAACAUGAAGAUCAGCAACGUGUGA